UCUAUGUACUUGUUAUAGGAUUAGGACCCAUAAAAGGAAGAAUAAAAUAAAUAAAAAAACUCAACAAUUCAAUAGUUGUCUGUUGCCUUUCAUUUUUCCCCUUUGAGCCCCCAUCUCUCCAUCUCUAAUCCUCUCCGAUUAUCUCUUUGGCUUUAAGGCUAUGGCACAGGAGCGGGGUUUAUCCUGUGCGCACCCGAGGGUAGCAGCUGCGGGUUCCCUUGCAUUAAAAAAAAAAAAAGUUUUAGUAUGAAGUUGAAACUCCUGGACAUAUUACCAGUUACAUUUCUUUUGAUAGCAACAUUCUUAUCCUGUGAGGACUAGCUAAUGAUAUCCAAUUCUACUGGAAAUUGGAGAGAAAAGGAUCGUGGAAGGCUAGCAGCUCGUCAACCAUCUCUUGUGUGGGCAGGUUUAUUGCAGAAAUGGAGUCUCCAAAAGAGACAGGUUGCCAGGCCAGAGAAGGCCCCAUCCUUUGCGUCAACAACUGUGGGUUUUUUGGUAGUGCAGCCACGAUGAAUAUGUGUUCGAAGUGCCACAAAGACAUGAUACUGAAGCAGGAACAAGCUAAACUUGCAGCUACAUCCAUCGAAAACAUUGUAAAUGGAAGCUCAAGCAAUAAUGAUAAAGAGCCUGCUGUUGCUGCUACAAUUGAUGUGCAAACCGGCUCGGCUGAAUUAAAGGUUGUCUCAAUAGAAACUUCUGCAGACUUAGCCUCAGGGCAGAGCUCAGAGAUGAAGCCAAAAGAGGGCCCAAGUCGGUGCAAUACUUGCCGCAAGCGUGUGGGUUUAACAGGUUUCAACUGCAAGUGUGGAUAUCUUUUCUGUGCAGUUCAUCGUUAUUCGGAGAAACAUGACUGCCCCUUUGAUUAUAAGAAUGCUGGUCGAGAUGCUAUAGCUAAAGCAAAUCCUGUGGUCAUGGCAGAAAAGCUUAAUAAGAUCUAGGAGCCUUUGUUGAAGGUCAAAUGAAUUGAAGCAUGAUGCAUUAGCUUUAAGCUCUGUCCAUCUCCCCUAUAAGUUUGCCACAUGUCUUAUAAGGUCUCCCUUAAAUGCAGAUGGUAUAAGGCAACAAAAGCGGAGCAUCUUUGCAAGUUCAUUUCAGCCCUGUCAAGUGCUAGAAUGAUUCCUGUGUGUAAGUUUUUGUUUGUGCUGGCUUGGUGGACAUCUUCAUGCAAUUUGUAAUUUUUUUUCGUUCAUCCUGUUUCUGUGUCUUAUAUAAUGUGCAGAAUGUUAUCUCUUUUUAAUUGAAAAAAAAGGUUUCCUUUUUCUUGA